AGUGAACGCACUCGUACUUACUUUCAAUAUACUAAGAGAUAUAGAUGAAACCCACUUCUCUGCUGUCAUUUUCAUCUCAUGCUCCCCGUCUUCUAGAAGUGUCAGUCUCUCGAAGUCUCAUUUCGUUUUCAUUAAAGUCGUGAGGACGUCUUUAAAAGAUCCAAAAAACCUUCCGUUUGAAAAUGCGUGUCGUUUCUUUGCCGUCUUUUUCCUUGGCCACUGGAGGUGUAAUCCACCUUGUGGCCGGAACGCGCGGAGCGCAUGAAUUUCUGCAGAAAAGCACUUUGUCGCCAGAGCGCGUCUCCGAACUUUUGUCGGAGACGGAAAAUGAGUGGGUCGGCUAUGCUAUGGACGGAGAAGGGUCGCCAGAAAUUGCUAAAUCGAAGAUGGUCACCUCGUGUGGCGACCUGGUGUCAGCUUUGGUCGCUGCUUCAGACGGCGACAAAGACCGCAUGCAGACCUACUUCGGAGAGGUCUGUGCAGUGAGCGGCCACGACAACACUUUCUGCAGCAAUUUCGCUACGACCUUACUGGGUACUGGCAAUGUUUUUUGAGGCGUUGUUCAUUCUGAUUGGUACAUUCACGAUGCACUUGUUAACGCCCUUCUUCCUCUUUUUGUAGUGAAAGACAUUCUAGUCCUCGUGAAAGCCAUGAUCCUCCGUAGAUUGUAUCCGUACCAGAGUCUAGUACAGUGAGUUGCAAUUCAUUUUCAUUGAAGGUUACCUUUCCGACGACAACGAGUCCAACCGCGAGAGCAAGGCUGGUGAAGAAUUCUGUACCGCCUACUGGGGAAGAACUAUUCUGGGUCUCGCUGAGCAGAAGAAGGCUGCCGCGAUUGCAGCCGAAGCGGCUGCACGCGCAGCGUCCGAGAAGCGCGCCGCGGCCGAGAAGCGCGCCGCGGAGGAGAAGCGCGCGGCGGAGGAGGCAGCAGAGCACGAAAAAGAGGCAGCGGAAGAGGCGCGCCACGAGGCCGCUUUAAAGAAAGAAGAAGAAAAAAAAGCCGAAGAAGCCGCGAUGAAGAAAAAGAUCGAGGAGCAAGAACUUUAUGGCUAUGCCCAUGAAAAGUUUACACAGAAAUCAUACUUUUUCCGAUAGCACAGCAAGUAUUGAAAAACGAAAAGUUUAAAGCUGCACUGAGGAAAUCAUACAAGUACCCCGAGGAUGCAAGUAGAAUGAUGGCACGUCAAUGAUUUCUAGCGAAGACGACAGAUCCUGCUCUAAUGAAAUGAGGCGAAGAACCUGAAGAAGUACGAAGCAGCUGUUGUUGCAAGGAAAAAGGCAAAUCCAACUUCCACGAAGGGCAAGAACAAUAGCAACAAGAAGACGGAACAAUCGAAGAAGCCGGAGACUGCUGCCGUCAUUAAGGAGUCCACCAACAAUGCGGACAUUCUCGCGAAGGCAGAGAGUGCAAGGACGCAUGUUGCUGUGGACAUCGCCGAGAACCACUCGGAGUCCCAUAUGCAGGCCAACAAUAUGCCAUCCUCCUCGAAUGAGAAGGACACGACGUCAUCAGCUAGUGCCGGAAUGCAUGGCUUUGUCGCUGGCGCGGAAAAGUACCUCUCAGGGUUUUUCAAUGAGGUCCGCUCCUUGUGGACAUCGACGUCUGCUACGACAUCCUCGAAGCAGUCGGCGUCGGACAAGAAAACGAGCGGUAGUCCUACUUAGUUUUUAGGGUGCUUGUAUAUGUGUUCGAUAACCGUACUUUCUCCGUACUCGUUGUACUUGUACUGCGUAAGGCGUACGUGGAGGAAAGAGAAACAGAAUAUUCGGCUCUUCUCUCAAUCAGGUUUGGAACUUGAAAUAGUCUCUCUUCAGUGUUUGCCGGGCAGAUUGAUACUUGAUAAUAUUUCCAGGUGCCACCGCCCAGUCGUCCGCCAAGCACCGCAACGUUGCUGCGUCGCAUCGUGCAACCUCAGUAGUAAACACCGCCCGCAAGGCAGCACCCAGAGCCCAUCACGAUACGCUCCCGACACUGCACAGCAUGAAGCCAUUGGUCCAGAAGCGCCGCGUGAGCCACAAGAUGGCAGACAUGAUGAGCGACAUGGCUGCUGGGCCUGCUGAAGGAGAACAGGGUUUUCUGGCAAAGAGUGAUGUUGUCGUCGCCUUGCACAACGUCCAGGAGAAGACGAAGGGUGCUAGUAGUGGCAGCAAAAAGACCCAAAAGGAGAACACAGUGAUGAGGAAGACUGAGACGACCACUCCGAUGAACAGCAAGCAAGGCAAGGUGAACGUGAAGUCCGCCUCGUCGGCUAAACAGGAGAAGAUGAAGCACACGACUGCAGCGCAGAAGCUGCGAAGCGCUGCGGCUAACAUCAAGAAUAAGAGCAUCAAGAAGACGAAGAAGGCGUUAUCGAAUAAGAACACAGAGCAUAUGACGAACACACCGACGAAGCACGCAGCUCAGCCGCCAAAUAGUGUCUCCAAAACCACCACCGACCUGCUGAAGCACGAGAAAGCAACCACCACUGUUGCAAAGAAGGAAAAAGUAUAAUUGGAGACAACUCUAAAUCUAAUUUUGCAAGUUUAGAUAUAGGCAUCGUUAAUUAUGUUGUAAAGAAUGUCAACCCUUUGGUCUUCCUCAUCCUCGGUCUAUCUCUUAUAAAAAGUACAGGAACUACGAUCAGUGAGUUGGUUCCGUAAUAUCAAGCAAUGAUGAGGAUGAACUACACCCUGUCAAAAAACUAUAUGAACAUUGAUUAACAUCUUCCGGCAAAGACAACAACUACUACACCCACAACACCUUAGGCUACGGAUGCCAAGGUCGCUGUUGCCGCUAAAGUUGCUGCUAUCAAGUCGCGUAUUGCAGAGAAAUUUGCCACGGCUGCAGUAGACAAGAACGCGAAGAAGAUCACCACAGCAACAACAUCCGCUAUGGCGAAUAUGAACUCGGCCAUUGACAGCGCGAAGGCAGGUGGAGAAGUCAAGCAUGUUGUUGCGUCUGAGAAACAUUAAGGACUUUUUGAUUUUGUUUUGCUUCAAAAAAGUUUUGAUUCCCUUGUUCGGAGGCACUUUUUGCUGACUUUUUUACUUACUUCAGUCCUAGACUAAAUUCAUGUAGUCAGCUUUUCUACUGAAAACGGUUAUUUACUAGGCUCCUGUCAAGAAGAUCAAGAUCUUCAAUAAAACUCGACUUACCCAAAGUGAAAGUGAAACUAGAUGUUGUAGAAGCUUCUAAGUCUACGACCACCAGGUUCUGAACAAAGUCGCCCAUUCUUCCAGUGUACAUGCCGCCGCACCCCAACAGGCGAAGAAGGCUGCAGCUUCGAUGGCCCCGCAGAAGGUAGACCAUCAUGCCUUGGAGCACACGAAGCUGAGUGAGGCCCUUCGUCAUCUCAAGAACAUGUCUGAGAUGCGAAAGUAAAAACCUUAUGUUGAGCUUCUUGAGGUUGGUUCUACUUGUAGAAGUAGUAAGUUGUAAGUACAUGACACAUAUCGGAUUCAGAUUCAGGAAAAUUGUGAAAAAAUGUAAUGAAGAAAAUGAUAAGUUGCACAGACUCAGAGGAUAAUUUGAAGUUUUUUCCAACACAAUCUAAGUAAUUGUGAUUGUUACAGCGUUUUUUUUCCACGAAACAUGAAAUCAGGACUCAUUCAGUUUCAGCCUGCCAUAAAAUCAACCUAUAGCAAUUUGAUCUCAAGGCUAUGUAUUGAUUUGACUCGAUCUUGUAUUUUCAUGAUUUCCUUGUUUGUCGUGAUAUAUGUGGGGAAGAUUGUUCUUCAGUAGAGUUAGACCAAGAUCAGUGCUAGUGUGUUCCCUGCAAUGACACGAAAUGACACGAGAUGUUCCAGUGAGAAUCAAAGUUGUGGAAACCUAAGAAUAGUGCAUUUUGCAAUUUGCGUCAGAAUGGACGAGAACUGUCAACCAAAUUUCGAG